AUGUCUGAAAUCACAUUAGGGAAGUAUCUCUUUGAGAGAUUACAUCAAAUGGAAGUUUACACCAUCUUUGGUUUACCAGGUGACUUCAACUUGUCUCUUUUGGAUAAGAUCUAUGAAGUCCCCGGUAUGAGAUGGGCUGGUAACGCCAACGAAUUGAAUGCUGCUUAUGCUGCAGAUGGUUAUGCCCGUGUUAAACGUUUGUCUUGUUUGGUCACUACCUUUGGUGUUGGUGAAUUAUCUGCUUUGAACGGUAUUGCUGGUUCUUUCGCUGAACACAUUGGUGUUUUGCAUGUUGUUGGUGUCCCAUCAAUUUCUUCCCAAGAAAAGAAUUUACUUUUACAUCACACCUUAGGUAAUGGUGAUUUCACCGUUUACCAUAGAAUGUCUCAACAAAUCUCUGGUACCACUGCUUUCAUUAGUGAUAUCCAUUCUGCUCCAGCUGAAAUCGAUCGUUGUAUUAGAGAAUGUUACAUCACUCAAAGACCAGUCUACCUUGGUUUACCAGCUAACUUGGUUGAUUUGAAUGUCCCAGCUUCUCUCUUGGAUACUCCAAUUAACUUGGCUUUAAAGGCAAACCCAGCUGAAGCUCAAGAAGAAGUCUUGGAUUUAACCGUCAAGAUGAUCAAAGAUGCUAAGAACCCAAUCAUCUUGGUCGAUGCUUGUGCUGGUAGACACGACUGUAAGAAUGAAGUUAAGGAAUUGGUUGAAAUCACUCAAUUCCCUGUUUUCACUACUCCUAUGGGUAAGGGUACCGUUGAUGAAGGUGGAGUUGAUGGUAGUUUACUUGCUGAUGAUCCAGAUUUAAUUAAAAAGGUUGCUGCCAAGUUGAAGACUGGUAAGAACGCUUCUUCUCGUUUCGGUGGUGUUUAUGUUGGUACUCUUUCUGAUCCAGCCGUUAAAGAGUUUGUUGAAAAUGCUGAUUUGGUUAUCUCAGUUGGUGCUUUGCUUUCUGAUUUCAACACUGGUUCUUUCUCCUACUCUUACAGGACCAAGAAUAUCAUUGAAUUCCACUCUGACCAUACUAAGAUCAGACAAGCUACAUUCCCAGGUGUCCAAAUGAAGGAAGCUCUUCAAGCUUUGAUUCCUCUUGCUAAGGAUGCUGCUUCUAAUUAUGUUGUACAAGAAGUUCCAAAGAUCAAGUUGGUUAACACUCCAGCUGUCAAGGACACCCCAAUUACUCAAGAAUGGUUAUGGACCAGAGUUUCUUCUUGGUUCAGAGAAGGUGAUAUUGUCAUUUCCGAAACCGGUACCUCUGCUUUCGGUAUUGUUCAAUCUCGUUUCCCAGAUAACACCUUAGGUAUUUCUCAAGUUCUUUAUGGUUCUAUUGGGUUCACCACUGGUGCUACGUUAGGUGCUGUUAUGGCUGCUCAAGAAAUUGAUCCUAACAAGCGUGUUAUUCUUUUCAUUGGUGAUGGUUCAUUACAAUUGACUGUUCAAGAAAUUUCCACUAUGGUCCGUAAUGGUGUUAAGCCAUACUUGUUUGUGUUGAACAACAAUGGUUACACCAUUGAAAGAUUAAUUCACGGUGUAAAUGCUGGUUAUAAUGACAUUCAACCUUGGGAUAACUUGGCCUUGUUACCAUUAUUCAAUGCUAGAGAAUACCAAACUGAAAGAGUGUCUACUGUUGGAGAAAUUGAAGACCUUUUCAACUCUAAGCAAUUCUCUACUCCUGAUAAGAUCAGAAUGGUUGAAGUUAUGUUACCAAGAAUGGACGCUCCAAACAAUUUGGUUAGACAAGCUGAAAUUACUGCUGCCAUCAAUGCUACCCAAUAA